CUCGUUUUUGGGUUCUCCUUCCAGAGCUAGCCAUUCAUGGAGCCAGCAUCAGUUGCCUUCCUUGGUGAGCAAGCCGUCCUGGGCUGGGCAGUUGCCACAACCUACUAACGUACGGUACGGCUAUAAGUACCGGCCACCCCUUUGUCGUGAAGAAACCACACCGUACCACAAGCCCUCGAUCGAGCUAGCUAAGUAACCUAGGCGGUGGAGUGGAGUGGAUCUAGUGUGCAGAAACAUGGCGCGAAGCAGCAGCCCAGCUAGGAUGGCCAUGUUGCUGCUCUUGCUCUCGGCCCUCGCAGUGCUCUUCCCACCCGCCGUGGCCGACGACCUGCUCUCCGUGGACUUCCACGCCGCGUCGUGCCCGCAGCUGGACCGCAUCGUGCGCACCGCCGUGCAGGCCGCCCUCCGGAGGGAGAUCGCGCUCGCCGCGGGCCUCCUCCGCAUCUUCUUCCACGACUGCUUCCCGCAGGGCUGCGACGCGUCCGUGCUCCUCAAGGGCAACGCCACGGAGCAGACCAUGGGGCCCAACACCACGCUGCAGCCGCGGGCGCUGCAGCUCAUCGACGACAUCCGCGCCAAGGUGCACGCCGCCUGCGGGCCCACCGUGUCCUGCGCCGACGUCACGGCGCUCGCCACCCGCGCCGCCGUCGUCGCGUCGGGGGGACCCUCCUACCCCGUGCCCCUGGGCCAGCGCGACAGCCUCGCCCCGGCGCCCGAGGACGACGUCAACGCGCUCCCGUCGCCCACCACCGCCAGCGUCCCGGAGCUCCUGGCGGCGUUCCGGGGCAGGGGCAUCCGCGACGUGGCCGACCUGGUCGCGCUCUCCGGUGCUCACACCGUCGGGAGGGCCAUCUGCCCCUUCUUCCAGGACCGCGCCGACAGCCAGGAGGAUGACUUCGCCAGGCAGCUCAAGGCCGACUGCGCCAGGGACCCCAACCGGCUGCAGCAGCUGGACGUCGUCACGCCCGAUGCCUUCGACAACGUCUACUACAAGAACCUCAACGCCAGCCGGGGCGUCUUCACGUCCGACAUGGCGCUCAUCAGGGACCCUACAACGGCGCCGAUCGUCAGGUGCUUCGCGGGGAGCAAGGACGCCUUCUUCGCCCAGUUCGCCACCUCCAUGGUCAAGCUCAGCAAGGUGCCCAGGAAGCCCCCCGGGAACGUCGGCGAGAUCCGCCGCCGCAGCUGCUUCAGGACCAAUAACGCCAAGAUGAGCAUCCUUGACGUCGACGAUGCCGUGGGCAGCUUGGCGGCGGCGUCUGCCCGUUGACCAACACCAACUAUUAUAUUACCUGCUGGCUGUGGCUGCUGUACGCCUGUACUGUACUAGGCGUCGUCGGCGCCUUACGUGUAUGUCCUGUACGACUGUUAUCUUGCUUUGGUUGGUGGCUGCAUGUCUGCAUGCUAAGUUUAAGUACCCACGCACGCCACGAUGGCUUCUUGCUUGUUC